AAGCGACCGGCGGCCUUGCUGCGCCUUCCAGCAUCCAUCCGAACCGCCACAUGCCUUCAAUGCCGCCAACUCCACCGCCUCAACGCGCCUACACCCUCCAUCCCCAAACCCACACCCUUCGUCCCGGACGUGCAAACAUUCCUCACCCUCAUCGGCCGUAAUCUCUCUCAGCAUGCGACCAAGAUCCCCAGCUGGGAGGCCCUCUUCACACUUUCGGGCCAGCAGCUUAGAGAGGCCGGCGUGGAGCCCGCACGUGCUCGCCGCUACCUCUUGUGGUGGAGAGAUCGCUUCCGCAAUGGCAUCAGCGGCAUCGGCGGGGACAUGGCGAACGUGAAGGAUGGUGUCGCCGAGCUGAGGAUCGCCGAGGUGCCGAGUCAGCGGAAAACAGACAGUAUGGCCACGCUGUCCAAAGACGCGGGCAUGCGUAAGGUCAUUGUCAACUCCCCCCCUUCUCUCCCGGAAGCCACCACUGUCAAGGCGGAGGAGGGUGCUGCGACGGAGGAUAAGCCCGUACACAUCCUGCCACUCCUGAGAUUACGCGACGCCUCCGAAGCCAAGCCGCUAUCGGGCGUCAAGAUCAUUCAUGGCACUGCCAUCAGCGGGCGUGGAAUCGAGUACGUCAAGGGGUAUCCGGGCUUUGCAAGACUCAAAGUCAAGGAGGGCUUGUGGGAGAACAGAAGAGGGCACAAAGUGGAUGGUGGCGAGCGGCGGAAGGCAGAGGUCCGGGCGAAGCGGAGGGUACAGGAGAGGAAG